GCUGCCUUCACCUGGUGCCUGGCCCUACAGUGCCUCUGACAGCUCCCUGAGCAAUGCACACAGCACAGGAAAGUACUCUGAGUACAAGCCCAGCUGGCCUCCAGAGCCCAUCGGACAAAAUAAAUUAUGGAAGACUAAUCGCAACAGCUCGCAGCUGCCACGCCCUCCUCCUGGCCUUACCAAUCAGAAGCAGGCCUCACCAUCACCGUGGGGAACUGGAGUUCCACGGUUGGCCAGGAGCUGGGGAGGGGGCGGGAUCAAUCAAGAGUCAAGAUUUGGGCCAGGCUCAGCUUGGAGUGAUGGUACUUCCUCUAGAAGCAGCUGCUGGUUACUGCUGAGCAACCUGACUCCUCAAAUCGACGGCUCAACAUUGCGGACGAUCUGUAUGCAGCACGGCCCCUUACUCACCUUCCACCUGGGCCUCACGCAGGGCAGCGCUCUGAUUCGCUACAGCACCCGGCAGGAAGCAGAGAAGGCCCAGGGUGCACUGCACAUGUGUGUUCUGGGCAACACCACAAUCCUGGCAGAGUUUGUGAGUGAAGAGGAAGUCGCGCACUAUUUUGCACAUUCCCAGGCUGGAGGGGCAGAAGGGGCCAGCUCAGGUGGAGCAGCAGGCGGAGGGGCGCCUGGUUCUACUGGAACAGGCACGACUGUGGCCAGCAGUGGCGGCAGCUCCCCUGGGAGUGAGCGGGCAGCGGUGGGCACGUCUUCUGGAGGGAAUGGAAACGGCGGCGGCGGGGAAGAAGGUGGCGCUUCGGUUCUCGGUGGCGUGAGAUCCUCCGGCGCUGCCUGGCAGAGCCUCGAUGGUACAGGCACUUCUUCAGAAACCCCCGCAGCUCAAGGACCUGGACUGGGGAUAUUUUCUCAGUGGAGCACCAACGGAGCUGGAGAAGGGGCAGUUGUUGGGGGAGUGGACGCUGGGAGGUCCGGGCUAUGGGGGGGCAUGACCGCAGGAUACCCAAGCAGCAGUCUGUGGGGGGCACCACAAAUGGAGGAGAGACACCAAAUGGACAGCCCUGCUGGAUUGUUGCCUGGCAACCUGCUGGGGGGAGGAGCUGAUUCCAUAUGAUGAGCCCUCUGUUUGUGGGUUUGGACACACAUAUGGUAUACACUGGGAUAAAUAUGUACUUAAUAUGGCACACACACCCUUACAUGGUAUGCAUAUUAAUGUACUACAUACAUAAACCUGCAUACGUAAAAGUAGUAUGCAUAGUACAUAAUGCAGAAAUGUGAGACUUGCUUACACACAUUCUCAUGGCCAGACUUAAGCUAUUAUAAAAAAUAAAUAAAUGCAGGGACUGUUAGACGUGUAUACAGCCUUUUUCCACAGAUGAAGAUUUCAACUGCUUAGACUUGAAACCUAAAAAAGAAUGAAAAGUCGGUCUCAAAGACUGGACUGGAUUGCAGUGUGCUUAGUAAAUAGGGGGCUUUGUAACAGAUUUACAUAGACAUGCACACACCAAAUACAGAGAAGCCUUCAGACAGACAGGCACUGUAAACAGCAUUACCUUCAUCGUAAAAUAAUUUCAAACUAUGUGAUGUGAGGUUUAAAGUGCAGUUUGUAUUCACAUCCCCUUAAAGAUGGAGAUCGAAUUCAGACACAUGCAAACAGCUCUGAUUGACAGCAGAACUGUAUCUUACUGUGUAUGUUGUUUUUUUCUGUUUGUAUGAUUUUACUUUUUGAACAGUACAAAUAUUGAAAAAUGUCAUUGUUCUGUUUUCAAGAUGCUGACCUCCUACUGUUGUAUCUCACGCACUCUUUCUCUGUUGUUCUCUCUUGAACAUGUUUGUUACUGUUGCAGUGAUAUUUGUUAAAUUGCUGGCAGUUUCAGGCUAAAUGCAUUUCUCCACGUGUCGAUACUGUGCGCAGUAUCAUACACACUAUACGAGUAUGAGUGAGACUGAGACCAAGUAAGUGGAUUAAACCACCGCAUUUGUUGUGCGUACGCGUGUGCGAGUGUGAGGACAGUGUGUGUGCAUGUUAAUGCCUGUCAUAAUGUGGGCAAGGCUGCUUACUAUACAGAAGGUCUAUACAAAAUAUUUUGAGUGCAUUUGGUAUACUGCUGACUGUGUGUUCAGAAAUAUUGGCACUAAUGCUUUUUUUUUCUUCUCAUUUGAAGUUUUGUUUGUUUUUUAAGGAGAUGUCUUUUUUUUAUUGUCUGACCUGCAAUAAUAAAAAAAACAUUUUAAUGACACAAAGAGCUGAAGGUAUAUGCGUUUUAGAAAAUGGACAUGCCAAAUCUUAUCAACUGUGUGGAGUGGGAGGAACGGGUGGGGGGUUCGUUUACAGAGUAAGCGUUACGUACGUUUUUAAUGUUCUGUUGUUGUGUAUUCAUUUUAAAUUAAGACAGGCUUUAACACUCCUGUUCAGUGUUUUCGUUUUGAGAUUUUACAAAGGAAAAAUUUAUUUAAACAUUGAGAACAAGAUUAAUAAAGAAGAAAGUUUUGGCUUCUAA